CUUAUUAAUACAUUUCUUUAAAAUCUGUUUUAGUAAUUUAAAAAUUAGUUAAGGCUAUGAAAUUAUCUCUUGAAGAAUUUUGUUUUGCUAUACCGAAAGUAGAACUUCAUGCUCAUCUCAAUGGAUCUCUUAGCUUUAAAACAAUCCAAAAACUAAUUCAAAUCCACAAUAAGAAAUGGCCUCUGGAAAAUAUCCCUUCUGAAACGGAAAUAUUAUCUUUAGCUAAAAAAGACCUAGAUAUUGAAGAGGUGUUUAAGCUGUUCCCAUUGAUUCAAAAAUUAACAGAUCACCCUGAAGCAAUAAAAUUUGCAACUGAAAGUGUGAUAAAGGAUUUUGCAGAUGAAAAUGUUAGAUACUUAGAGUUAAGAAGCACACCCGUAAAUGUUAAUGGUAAAAUGACUAAACAUGAGUAUGUGCAGGCUAUUAUAGAUGGAAUAAUGUGUUGUGAAAUGUCUAGUCCUUUAAUUAAAGUUAAGCUUUUACUGUCUGUUAAUCGAAGUCAAUCCCUGGUAUCAGCAAAAGAAACUGUGUUGAUAUGUCAAGACUUUCACAAGAAAUAUCCAAAUAUAGUUGUAGGGAUAGACUUAUCUGGUGAUCCCAAAAAAGGUGAUGUUAUACCAUUACUGAAAGUUUUUAACUCUUUAAGAAAAGAAUCAAGUCUUAAGUUUUCUUUUCAUAUUGCAGAAAUACAUGGAAUGCAUAAUGAGACUGAAGUUUUGUUAAGUUUUUUCCCAGAUAGAGUUGGUCAUGGUACAUUUAUUCAUCCAGAUUCUGGUGGGUCACAACAUUUAUAUGACAUUUUAGCAAAGCAAAACAUUCCUGUUGAAGUUUGCUUAACCUCUAAUUGUUUAACAAAAACUGUGACAAAUUAUCAGGACAGUCAUCUUGUUCCACUUUAUAAAUCUGCACACCCAAUAGUGAUAUGCACUGAUGAUAAGGGUGUAUUUAACUGUAAUUUGACUAAUGAAUAUGUAAUAGUUGCUAAAUGUUUGGGUUUAAGCAAAGAAGAUAUUUAUAAACUAUCAUUAAAGAGUAUUGAUUAUAUAUUUAGUGCAUCGAAUGUAAAAGAAUAUCUAAAAGCACAAUGGAAAGAUUGGCUAGAUGAACAUAACUACCUUUUUUAAAUUAUUUGUUUUAUUUUAGGAAAAUUAGAUAAUUAUUUUAAAGUUAACUGUAGAAAAAUUUAAAUUUUAGAAAUAAAUGAGUAUUGAGAAAUUUCGAGUUAUUCACUUCUCUCUGUCUCUCUUUCAUUAGUAGGUAAAACCCUCAGACAAUGAGUUAUAACCUCAGUUAUGACAAUGUUUAUUCUUUUGCGUCUACUUUUUAUUGAAUAAACAGUUUGAGAAUAUUUUUUAGUCAUGUUGUGGAGAAUCUUUUUAUAAAAAGGAUGAUAAAAAAUUUGAUUCAGCUUUAACCUAUAAAAUCAGGCAAAUGGUACUUAAAUACAACCGUCAUCAUGACACACAAAUAAGCAACAAGCUUACUGCGUUGUUUACAGGUCCUUUUAAAAUUAUAUACCAGUUAGGAAAAGGUGUUUACAGACUUCAAUUUGGAGAAAAAAUUAUUAAACAAGUUGCUAACAACUUAAAACUUUGGUUUUCACUUACAUUAAUUACUUCGCCAACUUCUAAUGUUUCAUUGAUAAACACAAGAUGUUCAUUUGAAGCAAGCAAUAACUUCAAUAGGAAUUAUAUAUUCAGAAGAUCCACCCCCACCAAUUGCAUGGUGGAUACAGGAACUGAAUCUAAAACAAUAAGGUAAAAAAAUUUUGGAGUUAAAUGAUUGGCUAAAUGACCGCAUUAUCGACGCUGUUAAUAUUAUCAUUAGCCUUCACUUGGCGAAUGAAGAACCAUGUCAACACUACUUUCAGGUAAAAGGAUUUAAAGCUUUGCCUUGACUCAAUUAAAAUUUUGCAUGAUUUAAAUCACUAUGUAUGUACACUCAAGUCACUGGGUAUGUACAACAUGUUUUGAUGGAAAUGUUUAUUUUGAAAACAGUCUAAGUAGAUCAAUAUCAGAGUAUGUCUGACGCCAAAUGCGACAGUUAUAUGCAAAAUUUGUAAACAAGAAUGAAAACCUUGCUAUAAAAGUUGUACCAGUUCAGCACCAAACUAACGCGUAUGAUUGUGAAGUUUUUUCUGUUGCAUUUACCUUUACGUGGGCUUUAGGAAUAGAAGAUUUUUAUUACAAUGAAGAUGAUAUGCAAAAGCAUUUGGCAUGUUUGGCAUCUUGCCUUGAAAUUAAGAUACCAAUUGCUUUCCUAAGAAAAUCAAGAAACAAACGCGGAAGAGAACCUCAAAUUAUAACAACUAUCGUAUAACUUUAAAUAUUAUUUUUAAUUGGUAUGUAUUUAUAUUGAAAAUCUAAUAUAUUUAUAACAUAUACAUUUUUCAAUCUGUUAUCUUUUUAUUUUUUUAGACACUUUUCAUUACUCAGAAUACUUGACUUGUGUCAUAUUUCCAUUUGAAUCUAUUUCCAUUUGAAUCUAAUAAAGUAAAAUAAAAGAGAUUGUGAGUUUUUAUUUUCACAAACUCUACUCCAAAUAUAAGUAACUUCAAAUGCACCGACAUAAAUAUUUCUAAAUUUUACUUAUUUGAAAAUAAAUAAUUGAAAACAUUCAUAUUAAUUUGAACAUGUCUACAUCUAGUUUAUUGUUUUUUAUUUUAACUAAUUGUUAUUUUUAACAUAAAAAUAUAAUAUAAAUUAAUUGAUAGAAUAUUAGUAAUAAAUAGAAGAAAAAGAAUGCUUUGCAAAUGCCUUUUGCUUGAUCCUAUUGUUUUUUAAUAAAGAAGAUAUCUUUCUCAUUUGAGC